AGUAGCUUGUGCUGCAGAGCUGACCCACAGCAGAACAUUUGGCAUGCUUAUGAGCGAUGGAGGAAAUCUAUGUGAAUGUUAAAUAUGACGACUGUGCUGACUUAAGAGCAUCCCAGAAUCAGAGAGGUCCCAAGAGCUCAGAGAGGAGAUUUCAUGGAUCUGUUGUUCUCUGUCUGGGUCUGCUCACUGUUCUCCUGCUGGUUGGACUCAUCGGCCUCAGUGUCCACUACCAUGUCUCCGCUCAGCGUUCAGCUGCAGAACUCUCCUCUAUCAAAGCCAACCUGACUGAGCGUCUUCAGGCCAUUGACAACAAGUCCUGUUCCCUGACUGAAGAGAGAGACCUGCUGAAUGCCAGAAUCACUGAAAUGACUCAAGAGCUGGAAAGGCUGACUAGUUUGGUGAAAACCUGUCCUGAAGGAUGGAAGAUGUUUAAUAACACAUGUUAUCUCCUCUCCAAUGAGUCUGGUACCUGGGAUAAAGCCAGAGAGGACUGCAGAAACAGAGGAGCAGAUCUGGUGGUGAUAAACAGCGAGGAAGAGGAGACGUUUCUCUCCAAGUUCAUACCCUACAAUGCUUGGAUUGGUUUGACUGACAGAGAGGAGGAAGGGACCUGGAAAUGGAUAGAUGGAACUCCACUGACUCUGACGUACUGGGGACUACAUCAGCCUGAUAAUGGUGGUGGAGACCCACUGUGGGGUGAAGAGGACUGUGCACAUAUCAGAACUGAGGUUUCCACUCACUGGAAUGAUCUGUCCUGUGAAGCUUCUCUGCGAUGGAUCUGUGAACAAACAGCAUAACACUGCUGUAUAAAUUGUUCUUAAAAUUGUAAUCUAUUAUGUCAAUCUAAUACGUCAACUUGCAUGUUUGUAAAAAAUGUGUUUGAGUGUUUGACUGUGCUGAGCACAGUGCUAUUGUAUGUAUUCAAACACCUUCAAAUCACAGCUGUAGCUAAAUAUUGACGUGCAAUAUUGGAAUGCCCCUAUAGUAGUUAAUGAUUAAAAAUGUCUUAACUGUAUCUUUCCCUUUUUCUAAUAACCAAAAUAAAAUAUUAAUAGUACAUAAUUUCA